AUGUCAGAGUUCAUCCUAACCUUCCAAUACCAGCUCAAUGGAGUCAUGGAAACUAUCCUCAAAACCGCCGUGCAUGAGAUCACUCGGCUGGUGAAGGACAACUUCCUGGAGGAAGUGACAGGGAGCAAGCAGGAAGUGGACGUCUUGAAGGAGAGGCUGCAGAGGUGGAGGGACAGAGAGGAGGAGAGGAAGAGGAGGGAAGUUGAAGAGAAAGAGCAGAGAAAGAAGAGGGAAGAGAGAGAGCAGAGGGGGAUGUGUAGGAGAUGUGGUUGUGCUGGAGACACUGAGGAGAGAGAAGAGGCUCUGUUAGGUGAGUGAGGAGAUAUAUAUAUAUAUAUAUAUAUAAACACACACACACACAUGAUAUAGGAUCUCUAAUUUUGUACUGUUUUGUCCUCUGCAGUAGAGGAACGUUGUGUUAUCGAACAGGAGAUCUUCCAGCCAGGUGGACCCAACACUCUCCCAGAGAGAGAGGGUCCACAGGAAACGGCCACACCCAGCUCUUCCUGUGUCUCUGAAAGGAUGGAAGAGAUGGAGGCCCAUGUCGUCAGCAUCAAAGAGGAGCAUGAUGACUGGGGGGAUCUGGUUACCCAGAUGAUCACAUCCACAAAUUCCCCCAUAAUGAGCCAGAGUCGUCUGCAGAGAUUGAGCUCACAUCAUGGGGCCAGUGAGCUUCUUCCUCCAGCACCACGGGCCAGGAAAGAGCAUCACCUACUCCCAAGGUCAGUGAUACCCACUCAGGGGACAGAGCAUGCUGUGGGGGCCUUCGAGACCAGCCCCUACGGCAUGAGCAUCAACACAACGGCAAAGCUGAGGGUCAAACCCUACAGCUGCCCACACUGUGGGAAGAGCUUCCCUCAGCUCCGAAACCUGAAAGACCACCAGAAGUACCACCACACAGGGAAGAAGGCCUUCACCUGCUCCCAGUGCAGUAAGGGCUUUGUGUACAUGUCCCACCUCAGGGUACACAUGCAGCGCCACACAGGGGAGAGGCCGUUCAGCUGCUCUCAGUGUGGGAAGAGCUUCAGCCUUCAGAGCGGCUUGAAGAGACACAGGGUCAUUCACACUGCAGAGAUGCCUUACCACUGCACGGACUGUGGGAACAGAUUCAAUUCUAGAUCGGACAUGAAAAGACAUGAACAGAUUCAUGCAGCAAGGUAGACCUUUGAGAUGAAGCAGGUUGAUUUAGAAAAUCAGAGGGGGGAAAUAACUACCCACGUGUACUAUGUUCAAUGUGUUGUUGCUGAUGCAUUUAAUGUUGAGAGGAAUAAAACACAUUAUGAAUACAUUUUUCUCAUCCUUUCUUAAAUGAUUCGUCAAAUGGUGUUACAUACACAAACCGAUUCAUUAAAAUAGUAAUAAGUAGCCUUGUCCGAACCACAACGGGCAAAAGAGUAACAGAUAUCUUCCUCUGGCAAAUAAAUACAUUUGACAGAUUCCAACAUCAAAUAAAAAUAUUUACGAGUUCUGCGCAAUGGCAUUCGCAGUAUGAUCACCUCGAUGUCACGGACGAGGGGGCGGGAACCAACCUCUCCAGUAGCCGUCUAGCUAGCAGCUGUCAUUGUACCUCAGUGGUAGCCGUUAGCUUAUUAAAGUAACGUUAGCUAGCUAGUUACCCAUCUUUGUUACCGCUGUGUAAAGUUCUAGGAGACCUAUGAUAUUGUAACUAGCUGAUUUGUUGAAGCACAACAAAAACCAAUUUUUGUAAAGUGGUAAGCUUAUUUUGUCAAAUGGUUAGAAAGCUGCUACUACUCUGUGUUAUUAUGUGUAGCUCAAGCUAGCUUAGCUAACUAGCAAGCUUGAGAAAUACAUUAUUGAAUACACCUAACCACAAGUAAAAAGUGGUGUAAGGGUUUAUUAAUUUGUUCAUUACGAGCAUGUUUCUGGUCUAAAUCAUUGGUAGGUGAGCUGCCUAAUACUGACAUGUAAUUUGAGGCACAUCAAGACCACAUUUGGUGUUUUUGACAGCUUGCCCCUGUUUCCAGGAGGAAGAUCCCUGACUCUCUGGGCACUGGUGUGAUCUGGAGGAGGCUAAAUCCCAGUCUUUCCAUUAUAGUGAACCAAACUGGGAAACGAGGGGCAGCUCAUCCAUAG